UCAUCUGACGGGCCACCACUCAGUCCUCAGCGAGACGUUCGAAGGUGAACACGUGUGUCCAGCACACCUGGAGAUUUGCCCACUCGCCUCCACUCAGAAUCGGGUUACCCUCUGCCAACACUGGGCCUGGAUCAGCACGAGCGAUUCGGACGGCGUGUUGUUUCUGAAGCUAGCGUCGACUUUGAGCACACCCAUAUUUAGUUCCUGAUGGCGUCGUUGCGGCUAACGGUGACGUCGUGGAUCCUCCUGGCAGCGACGGCGUCUGCAGCACCCCAAGGGCUAGACCCCAACACGAUCAUUUUUCCCGACGAAAUCAACAAUAUCAGAAACAGGCUCGCCCUGGAACAGUGCCGCCAAGAUCCGAACUGCGCCACCCCCCACCACCCGGACCCAAACCUCGGCUGCAGCAGCGGCUCGGGCGGCGCAGAAACCAUGCUCAGGAAUGUGAUUAAUCUGCGCCGCGGAGUAGGAACCUGCAACUCCAUGACCAGGGAGGUGAGGUGGCCAGCGACGGGGGAGUGUGUCAAGCUCCUCACCCAAGGGCCGUGCCCCCCAGGACAGUGGGUCAAGCUGACUCUAUCUACGUUCGAGCCCGUGUGCGAGCCGCAGCCGUGCAGCGACCGGGAGGCGCUGGUGGAGGGCUCCUGCCACUCGCUGGCCGACGUCUCCAAGUGCCCGCCCCGCCAGCAGAUGUUCAUCAACGAGGCCGGCGAGGGCGAGUGCGACUGCCAGCCCGGCAUGGUGUUUUUCGAGCAGACCAACUCCUGCUACACGCCGUACACCCAGGGGCCGUGUCAGCCGGGAUACAUCAUCAGAGUCAUGGACGCAGGUGUAGGCGGACGCGCACGGUGCGAGCGGAACGCCUGCCCCUCGGCCAACAUGGUGCCGAUGGACUCGCGAUGCCACAUACACACCACGAGGAGCGCGGGGAUCUCGUGCUUCGACAUCAACACCCCCGGCCCCUGUGCAGAUGGCGAGCUUGCAAUUGACAACGUUAUCAACGAGCCCGUCUGUCUCCAGACGGAAACUCACAGCAUCUUCAACCUGCCCAACACCAAGUCUUGCCCCCGAGGCUCCAUCCGCGACACGCUGGGCCGGUGCCGCCGCGAUGUGAGCCUGACGUUCCGGCCGUUGCCCCCCGUGAGGACCAGCCGUCCGGGUCCCCAGCCCGACAACGACGGCCUCUGCCCCACGGGGUAUGAACUCCUAGGAGGCACGUGCAUUAGAUUAGGUUAAGGCCACAUCUCUCUCUCUCUCUCCCCCGGCGGCCACCGCGAAGCCAAAGACUGCUGCUGUCGAAGGAAGUCCCUUCCAUCCCAUCCUCGGACACUCGUCUCUCACGUCCUUCGUCUUGCUUUCGCCCUAGUCUCAACAUUUUCCAGCUGCACCUUUAUAUCAUACAUUCUCAUACAGAAUUAUUCACACGCUUAUCGACUGCUUUAGUUAUUCACUGUUACAAUAUUUUCUACUCGUUGAUGAAUGACUUUUGCAAUACCUAUACAUAAAGUUUAUUUUCUUUUAUUAUACUUCCAAUAGAUUUACCAUGUAUUUCUUAUUGUUAAUGUAUAUACUGUUUUGAAUUGCAAUAAAUAAUAAUAAAAAGUCUAAAUCUAUUU